AGUCAAGUUCAAACAAUAAAAAUGAUAAUAUUUUGAUCUCAUAAAUUGAAUAUUCGAAUAUCGAAUGACCGAUUUUCAAAGUUGUCGAUUUAUAGUUAUUAUUGCUUGUCAAUUGUUAUUCCUUCUUAUAUUUAAAUAUCCAUAUCAUUUUUGCAUUAAUAUGAAAUUGAGUGGCGAUACUGUCCUACCUAAUUGGGUACUCACAUCUCAUUCCUAUGUAAGAGCAUUAUGUAGAAUUGCAUACUUGUAGAUGAGCCGUCAGAAUGACAGUCGCGGUAUUGGAUAAAUAUCAUUUGGGCAUUAGUGCCAUUGUUGUUGUGGCUAUGCAACUUUUAUUUUUCACUGUUGCUGUCACAUUUCAGUAUGAUAAAGUGGCCGACUUUGCUGGUGGUAUAAGUUUUAUUUUAGUGGCUGUACUAACAUAUGGAUUAGCUCAGACACAUGAUAAUCGACAAUUUAUGGUUACAUUAUUUGUAUGUAUUUGGGGUGCUCGAUUAAGUUCAUAUUUGUUUUAUCGAAUAAUAAAGAUUGGUAGAGAUGCUACAUUUCCAGACAGACGUAGCAAUAUGAUUCGCUUUGCUGUGUUUUGGACAUUUCAAGCUAUUUGGGUGCUUGUUGUUAGCUUGCCUAUUAUUGUUAUCAAUGCACCUCAUAAUUCCAUAAAAGCUGGAGCUCCUAAAACUAUGACCACUUUGGAUACUGUUGGCUGUUGUGUUUUCAUUUUUGGCUUCAUUAUUGAAACUUUUGCUGAUUUACAAAAGUAUGCAUUUAGAAGUGAAGAAACAAAUAAAGGAAAGUGGUGUGAUGACGGUUUAUGGAGUAUGUCUAGACAUCCAAAUUAUUUUGGAGAAAUAGUAUUGUGGUGGGGUGUUUUUAUUGUAUCAUUAAAUGUGAUUGAAGGUCCAGAGUAUAUUGUUGUUAUAUCGCCAAUUUUCACAACAUUUAUCAUACUUUUUCUCUCUGGUAUUCCACACUUAGAACGAGUUUCCGAUCAUAGAUUUAGAAACAAUGCUCAUUAUCAGCUGUACAAGCGAUCCACUUCACCAUUAAUACCCAUACCGCCGUCUCUUUAUAUUGAAGUACCUGGUUUUAUUAAAAUGCUUUGUUGUUGUGAACUACCUUUAUAUAAUUGGAUGAAAGCACAUCCUUCAGAUCCUCCAGAAGCAGCUCCAGCUCCAAAAUCAUCCUAGCAAAAAAAGGGAGCGGGUGUAACUAUGGUACAGAUUACAGAUCGCUCCCAAGAAGGUCCUGUCUACUCAACAGCUACCACGUAUGUCUAAAAUAUAAAAUAUCUAUAAAAAUAUUUGUUAAUAAGAAUAUUAUUAAAAAAAAUGCAUUUAGACAGUAUAGAUAUCAUUAAAUAAAUAAUUAUUAAAAAGUCAAUGUAUAAUGCCUAUUGCCUAUACAUUACAGGUAUUGUUUAGUUAUAAUAAAGUUAUUAUUAACAAAUGUUAUUUUAAUUUAAA